GUCACAUACAUGGGUUGCAUUCUACACAUCGCACUGUCUAUGGAAAUGAGUUGGGUAAUCACCGCUCCAUUGCAAAAAUGUCCUCACUUUCAAAUGGUCCCGGGGUCAUCGUUCCGGCACCCCAGCCCUUGAAGCCAGAAGACCGUGACGCAGCGCUGAGGCUUUUUGAUAGUAUCAUCGAGCAAUACGAACCUUCACAGGCAACCGAAAAAGGCUUGAAACCAGUUUCUCUUAUUCGCCUGAUGAAAGAGAAAAUAUCCGAUAAAGAUAGCUUUUUCAAACUCUUUUUCCCAUUCAUUGAACGACAUCUAGAUGGUGUCUCGAACGAUACAGAGCCCUCCAUUGCUCAUAUUUUAGCUCGUUUGGACAGUUUCAGUACAUGGACCACCUCGGGCAGAAGUGCCCUUGGCGAAAGCCUGGUCAUAUUCGCGAACUUUUUGAUCGAUAAUUUCUUCUUGCCCUAUAUGUUGCUAUACACAUGCUUGAAAAAUUAGUGGAACUAACAUUUGUUAAGUGAAAGCUUUGGCUGCAAAAACUCCUCAACCUACGCCAGCAUCUCUUUCCCGUGCUCAGAUCUCCGAAGCAGGAGUUGGUACGCCUCAACGUAUCUCCACUUUACGACGGGACU